UACUCCAUUAAAAAAAUGAAAACAAUAGAAUUAGUUAUCCUAAAAGAGCAAUAUACUAGUAUAAUUUUAGCAAAAAGAGCACUGACACAUUUAUUGUAUUCGUCGCGACCAUUCGCCCAAUCUGUAUUAGUCGAGUCCAAACGUUUCAGCCCCUCCUUCAGGAGCUGUUUACCAAACCCUGAGCUAACUUUUUCCAUCACAGACGCACAGGAACAGUUAGUUGAUUGGUUGUUGCGGUUCAACAAGGCUGUAAUGGCAUCGGCAUCAACACCAGAGCAGGUUAAGUUGGAUAAGGAAUGUGAGCUACGAGUUGAAAUCGGCCCGGAAUCUCCUCUUCGUCUUAGGCUACUCACUGGCACUGCUGAAAUCUUUGGCACUGAGAUCCCUCCUCAAAUUUGGCUCUCCUUCCCCCCUUCCGUCAAAUUUGCAGUUUUUACUUGGUAUGGAGCUACUAUAGAAAUGGAUGGUCCUACUGAAACUUAUUACACAGCAGAUGAGACACCAAUGGUUAGUUACGUAAAUGUACAUGCUGUACUGGAUGCAAGGAGAAACCGUGCCAAAGCAUCUCCUAGUGAUACCGAGUCUUCUCAAGGUCCAAGGGUAAUUGUUGUGGGACCUACAGAUUCAGGAAAGAGUACCUUGUCUAGGAUGCUUCUUAGUUGGGCAGCUAAACAAGGUUGGAAACCUACAUUUGUGGAUUUAGACAUUGGCCAAGGAUCUAUAACCAUUCCCGGGUGCGUCGCUGCCACUCCAAUUGAAAUGCCUAUUGAUCCUGUGGAAGGAAUUCCUCUUGAAAUGCCUCUUGUGUACUUCUAUGGGCAUCCAACACCUAGUGCAAAUGCUGAUCUUUACAAGGUUCUGGUCAAGGAACUUUCUAAAAUCUUGGAGAGACAGUUUGCCGGGAAUACUGAAUCUCGAGCUGCUGGAAUGGUGAUCAAUACCAUGGGCUGGGUAGAUGGUCUUGGUUAUGAGCUACUUUUACAUGCGAUUGAUACAUUCAGUGCAACAGUUGUUCUGGUUCUGGGACAGGAAAAACUUUGUAGCAUGCUCAAAGAUGUUUUGAAAAGCAAGCCUAAUGUAGAUGUUGUGAAACUUCAAAAGUCAGGUGGCGUUGUAUCAAGGAACGCGAAAGUGCGUCAGAAGGCUAGGGGCCACAGAAUAAGGGAAUACUUUUAUGGCCUUACUAAUGAUCUGUCCCCACACUCUAAUGUUGCUAGUUUUAGCGAUUUAACUGUCUUUCGAGUUGGUGGGGGGCCACAGGCCCCUCGUUCAGCUCUGCCAAUUGGUGCUGAGCCUGCUGCAGAUCCGACAAGAUUGGUUCAAGUAAAAAUUGACAGGGACCUGCUUCAUCUAGUUCUUGCCGUUUCCUAUGCCAAAGAUCCAAAUGAAAUCAUUUCAAGUAAUGUUGCUGGGUUCAUCUACGUGACAGAUGUCGACACUCAAAGGAAUAAAAUCACUUACCUCGCACCGUCAGCUGGAGAACUUCCUAGUAGAUAUUUAAUAGUGGGAUCUUUGACAUGGAUUGAGAAUUGAGCAUGGUUUAAGCCAUGAGUGUGAUUCAGGUAUCCAAUAGUUUUCAAGCUCAUCCAGGAGAACGAUAGCCAUCUUAUUGAUGAAUGCUAAAGAGGUGUGUUUAACCCAUGUAAUACGGGGCUCACUGGAAUGGGCGAAGUCUUGACCGUCUUACUGCAUUAUAACUAGUUGUGCAAGUAGUGUCAGUGCUACUUUAGAUCCUCAGCGAUCUCUAUAGCCUCCAGAAAUUAUGGAAUGGUUUGUAAAAAUAUAGGUCUGGGUUAAGAUAUGUUGGUGAAAGAAAGCACUUUAUUGGCAGUACCAAAAAUGUCAUGGUUAUUCAGACUUCUUUCGUUCUGUUAACUUAAAUUUGUAUCAUUGUAUGUCUUACUGUGUUGCA